GUCAGGACGCUCUAGACCCAUGUACUCUUCAAGGCCGACCGAUCGGCUGCGACGACGUGCGCAGCUGAGCGCAUCGUGGUCGUUCAGUAAUGACUGUGGUGAUUACAGCAUCUUCGGCUCUGCUCUAUCAACGUCACCACGACCAACGCGGCCUUCAUUUUUCAAGCUUGGCGGAUGUCUGGCUAACCGUGUGCGGCGAAGUGGACUCUUGUGCGGAGCAUCUACCAUUGCUUCGGCUAGCAUUGCAAACAAUAUUAAACAAAACGAAGACCACAGCAAAACCAAUCGUCAAGAUCACGAGCGAGCCACGCGAUCACCAGCGAUUGUUGGGCAAGAUGUGCAGCAACAGCAGUGUUUUGUAACAGCCAGUUCUUCAUCUUGUUCUUACGAAACUACUACGGGUGAGAACGAAUACGAAUGGCAGCAAUCAGCAACAUCAAAUAAAAGUGCUAGCUGUGCUGGUCGUGACAACUCUGUGGAGCAAGAACACCAUGUGGAUGUGAGCUUUCUCAGUGCAAGCGCGCUCCUAGAGCUGACCCCGCGUAGUCGCGCCCGGCGGUUGGCAUUUCAACAUCGCGCUGAAAAGAGCGGACUCCUUGCAAGCGAUACGAGGCGCACGCGAUUGCGACGACGCGGAGGAGCGCUUGUGCGGACGAGCAAGCGCGUCCGACUUAACCGGGCCAGCCCAAGCAGAUAUCUUUUAUGGACAACAGCCUUUCUUCCAGGGAUGCAGGCUGAAGAACUAAAGCGACAUGCUUCUUGCUUCGAGCGCAACCUGUAUCAGCCUGAACGGGGUGAUUGCAUCUAUCUUUCGCAGCCGUCACUGCUCGAGAACUCCACGUCUGACAUGCUCAAAGACCCGCCGACUCCGCAGGAGCGCCCCGCUAGCUUUCCAUCAGGAGAGACAACGAACAAGAACAGUCUGCAUGUACUAGCCGCGUACAACUCGCCCUCUUCGAAAACAAAAAGCGCCAUGUUGGGAAAUGGGAAAAAAGAAGACGGAACAGGGCAGACUACAACUAUAAUCGCCUUCAAGGACACGCGCUUGCGUACUCCAAAGAAAGUAUUCAAGAUUUCCACAAUCGAUGAUGUGCUACCCGCAUCAAAAGAGGCGCCAAAUGAGCUGCGACAUAAAUGCAAAACAGGUAGUGCGAGCUCUCCGAAAAAUGUGAAAGCACGAACCUCAAGCACAACUAGAAGUAACAGGCGUCCGCUGCACGGGAAAGCAGUCGCGGAAGUAGGUUCCAAAAAGGCAGACAAAGGGAACCCACACCUGGCACAAAAGGCUGAUGCUGUGCUGGUGGUGCCUACAGCACCUGCAGUGGUUAAUGACGAGCAUAAGAUGGCGCUGCUCGCUGAUGAGCUUGUCGGCUAUGUCAAGAACCGGGAAGCACCUCGAAAUGCGUCUUCCGGACUGAAGCAGAGUAACGCUUCUCAGAGCAAGAAGCAGCUGCUUUCGUCUGUCUCCGAUUUCUUGUUGCAGCGCGCUGCGCGAGCCGAAGACAUGCUCUACCAGCUUAUCUUCCAAGUCUGCGCACAGCUGCCAGAGUUGACCGACGUCCCAGACAUCGAAGGAAAUCACAUAGCAGCAAAUGGAGAACUCACGUCUGGCCUGCAUGGAGAAAUCUCAUCGACGAGGCUCAACGGAUUUCUAACGCAGCUAAUUGACAAGUAAUACUAACUGAAUAGUAAGCGACGUUUCCAUGAAAAUUAGUCGUAGAUGGGUUGGCACCUUCUGAAAAUACCACUCUAGAUGUAGUAAUCUAGCGGACAGCAAAUGCGAAAGGCUACCCGCUACUUCUAGAUGAUAUUCAUUGUUUUUUACAGAACUAGUUUUUUACAGAACCAGGCAGAUGAGCAUGAGAGAUCCAAAAGCGAAAAUACACUUUAGGAGAGGACGCACAAAAAACCACCUUGUACUUUAAUCCAUCGUCAGGCUCGCACAUGUUCAAGUCCUGCCUGAGGAUCGUGUUUGUCAUCUUCGAGAGCUUCUGUAUCGCCAUCCCUCUGCUCUUUCGCGCCCGCCUUCCGUAGCACCGCUGGACUUGACUGAAAACGAAGCAGAUCAUCAUGGAGAUCAUAUGGAUGGGCAGCUUAUUGUAAGUGCACCAGGACUUUUCAGCGUACCAAACAAGGCUAACAACGACGAUGCAUUGGUACAUAUGGAACCCGGUCCAGAACUGUCGACGAGUUUAAUCGUUGAAGAGAACGAGGCAGAUGAGAAAAUCGGUCAAAGUGAACUCACACUCACAGAUGCGCUUCAAGUUGCAUGCGGCGGGACAGCAGUUGAUGAAGAUGUCAAGGCCAGGACAAUGACAACUUCCCCUUCUUCACCACCGUUGGCGCCAAUAAAUCCAAUCAACAUGGCUACUUUUAUGGGAACAGCUGAACAAGUACAAGUUGAGCAAGCUCCAUCGACGACGUUCAAGAACGACAACAGAGUAAAUAGCGUAGGUGGAGUGGCCACUCACAUGAAGGAGAUGAAAGACCACCAUGGAGGUUCAGACGAGGACCCCAGCAGUAUUUUGAUGCAGGAGGAUUCCGUACUCCCAAGUCUCGAUGAGGUCGAUAAUUACCUAGCUUCUGGGUCUGAAGAGGAUGGAUUCUCUAGGAAUGGUAGAACACCUGCGGAAAUUGCAGAUGGUGGUGACGGUUCAGCCGAUCCCUUGAGGACCAGCAAGAUUGCGCUUUCGCCGACAAACGGUACUUGUACUUCUAAGGGAAACGGUCGCCUUCGUGGAGAAAACACUGAGGCCACCUCUGAAAAUGUUCAAGAAGAUGUUGUGCUCGUAAAUGAAGAAGCACAAGAAAAAUUAGUGCGGAGAGCACAACUACAAAAUCAAGAUGAAGUUCUACCAUCAAGAAGCGGUACGAAUGCUGGCUUGAAUCAAGGGAACCAGGAUGCGGGAUGGCUUGUUCCUGCUCUUGCGCCGCAAGAACCAUGGAUGCCUCGCACAGUGAACACAGAUGAAUUGCUUCAGGCGGAGGAGGAGCAGAAUGUUGAGCAGGCUUUUAUUGAUCAGGUCGAGCAAAUCCCUGUCAUCGAUUCCGAAAAGGCGUCCGUUGACGAUGUUCGAACGCGCACAUUUUCGUUCCGGCCAUGCAGUACAGGGCGGGGAUCGUUGAUUGAUGUCGUAGCCGUGCCAGGUGACGCCGACAGUGCAUGUAAAAUUGCCGAUGGAGUUGCGUCCAACAUUUUCAACACGACAGAGAUUGCAGCAUCGGCACAUGUCCAAUCGCAACCGCAUAAUGGAGAGCUAGAAGAUGCUUUUGAUGAGAUCAGUCUUAGCAGACCUCGCUGGCCACGCGACGUCGCCACGCCGCAUGAAAUGGCUCAGCGAACUGGGAGUCUUUCAAGUGCGGCAGCAACGCCAACAUUCGCUUUUCGAGUAGACGAUCGUGCUUCCCAAAACACUGGAGAGCUUGGGGGUGUUACAACAGCAGCGCUACUUGCCACAAUCGGAAAGAAACUACCCGACGAUGUUCCCCCUCACGCAGCUGGUGUCAACAAAGACCGAGUUACAACUGCAGCUCUGCCUGUUAGUACAUGUUUUGUGGGUAGUUCUCGAGAUAGAUCGAAGUUUCGGACCAUCAAUGCGACAGCAAAUCCAGACGCUGGUAAGCACAACAGAGCGACAGAUGACGCAGAUGGAGCUGAACCACAACCACUCCCUGAGGUGGAAACCGCUGCACAACGGCCUCAAACUCAAAAAAAAGAGGCAACGAAAGACCCAAUGACACCGACCUGCAAUGUUAAAGAUGUUGUACAAACAAGUGUUGCCACGCCGGAUGAUAAGGAACCGAGGAUGGUCACGCCGAAUUUGAGCAGUAUUCAGCGUUACUCUACUCCAGGUUGCGGCGCAGUUGCUCUGAGCUCGAGUAAUGGCACAUCCGUGUCGCAAGGAACUCUAGGGGCUGUGUCAGGAUCUCAGCGUCGCAUUGGACACCGAGACGGGAUGCUAGAUCAGCAUGCCGAAAUGGCCGCUCGGUUUUCGGUCUUGGCGGCCCAGCAGCUUCAGGAGGAAAAUAGUUCUACUCGCGCUGCUGGUGCUGAACAGGAAGUUACUGUUAGAACCACAACUAACAUGGGAGUUCUGCCGACGGCGACGACGAUGCCAACACAUGUGCAUGUUGAGGUAGAUCAACAUAGAUUGUCUUCAUUACCUGCUAGAGCAAUGCACUUGAUGGGUGAACCACGACGACACGAGCAAGAGCAAGAGGAGGAAGACAUAAAGCUCGACUACCUGGAGGCGGUAAGGAAGUCUGAAGAAAGAGAGGAACAAUUUGCAAUGCAGCUAGACGAGAAUAGGAAGGUUCCUACUCGACCAACAGCACGAACAACUGCCAGCGGCAGUAUCACAACCAGCUGUGGGCGCACCACCGCGGGUUCAUUAUGCUCGCCGCUUGAGAUACGACAUACAGAGUUGAUUACGAACAUCCGUGUACCUGAAGCACGUGGUCGGGAAACGACACAAUUCGUCGCUCCAGCGUUUCCUGCGACUAACGAUCUUUCGGAGAAGGUAAUGCCGGCGACAAAAAUGGAGGAUGUCGGCAAGGUGGAUAGUGGAGAAAAAACUGAGGAUCUACAAAACGUCUACGGGCAAGACUUCGGGGCAGAUCAUGUUUUUGUCGGGCGUGAAAGUGUUGCGAGGCCUUCACAGAGCAUUGUACUACCGAAAAAGGCGGAAGGACGCUGCGCCUUUUUUUCAUUUGAUUCAGCACAUGAUCAUCCCACUGCUCCUGCCGUUGGAUCUUCCUCGACCACGCAAAAGAAUGGAGAUUUCGGUAUGGACGACGUUCCUGCAUAUGAGGCCGUGGUAAGGACCAUCGCCAAUGCAGAGUUACGACGAUUUUUUGGAGGAGACUCCGGGUCUGACGUCGAACACGCUGUACAAGUGUGCAAAGCAACGGCGACCUCACCACUGCAGAAGGUAAACGCUGUAGGCGCGAUUGGCGACGAAAAUCAGAAUAUGGAGUCACAGUCUGCGGACGUUUGCGCACCUGGAGGAUUUGUGCAUAGCACAACAACUUCACAGGCAUUUUUCAGAUCAUCGAUUCCAGGAAGAGUAACCCGACACACCGUCGCUGCGCGAACAAGGUUUCUGGAACCUCCUCGAGCAGUGGCUGACCAGACGAGAAGUUCCGUGACUCCGUCGCCUUCACUGCGCGCGCACGAUAAAUCACCACAAACUCGAGAUCGUACGCCCCAAUUCCUUCUGUCUCCACGAGGCUUCAAUAAGAUUUGCGAGCAGUCAAUGUCACCGAGUAGGAAUGGGAGGGCGCUGAUGGCUCCUGCUUCUACAGCAGUUCGACCAUCUGGUAGCCGUGUAGGUGUUUGCAAAUCAGGCGCGUCAAGGGUUGACAAAUCAGUCACGUCAAGGAAUGCUUUUGCAUAUUCGCCUCGCCCACGACCAAAUCUUUUCCACGAACAUCACAUCACAAUUCCAGAGAAACACUUUUUUGAAACGAAACCUGCGCCUUUGCCACUAGUGGACGCUGCAUCGCAGGCUGCGGAUCCACUACUUAGAUCAGCACCCCAGACGAAGACGAACGUCACGAGAGCCCCUGGCGGGGCGCUGAAUCAACUGCGUUCACCGAGAGGCGCGUCUUCUAUUUAUGCAAGUAAUUUGUACGAACAUCAGCAUCAGACGAACUCAACGUCGCUCGGCCGUAAUCAAGGGAGUCGUGCUGCACCAUUUCGACUUUUGUCCCCAAGGAGUCCGAGCGUAUAUCAAAACCAACGUGAAAAACGUCCAUACGCAAACCAACAGGCCGACAUUACUCUUCUCCCAGCCUCGGAGGCUGGGACCUCCUACGAGAACGAGACCGAUGAAAUUCGAUUGCUCAUUCGACGUGCAGCUGCUGCGUGCGCAGCAAAUGUUGGAGCUGCGGAUCAAAUGGAUAUCGCGAAGCCGGUCGAGGCUGCGGCCUUGACGUCGGAUAUAAGGACCGCUAAGAUGAGACGGUAUGCGGGUAUUGAAAAUGAUCACCAAGACGUCCCGACAAGAUCAUCAACGUUGGCUCAGAACCAGCAGGCCCGCAUUCCUCGUGCGUGUCGGAGUUUUUUUCCGCCUUUCCAACGAGAAGUUAACCGAAGAGUUGCAGCAGCACAAUAUACAGGAGAGGUGAGUUGUGGGAACGACAGUGGUGAUGUGACCACUAUGCCGCUGCUCCCUCACCCAGUUAUUGCACGAUAUCCGACGUCUCCUGAAAAAUAUUUCGACUACCAACAAAAGAUGUCCUCUCAAGAAAAUGUUGAAGAUAGGGAGCCAUGUCAAUCUCAUUCAGUCCACCCUAAGCGGGAGCACGACCAACAGCACACUCAACAUCCGUAUACAACGUCAGUGCCAGUGCGUCUUUGUGCUGCUGCUGCCCCACCGCCAUCAGAGGGAGGAGUUGAAAUGACAAAUACUGCUUCAGUUGUCCGAAAAGCCCCGCGCAUAUGGCCACUACCUCCCGCACACACCGACUCUCUCAUCGGAUGGGCUGCUGACUUCCGAAGUCGAAGUUUAUCCAGACCGAAGCCUCUUUUAGGGCAGCAACAAGAAACCGUUGGAGUGCGAGAUUCUUCUGGCUUCCCACGUGCAUCCUGUAGUACUGCCACGCAAAGACUUCUACCAGCAGAGGCUCCCAUGAUUUGUGAAAAAACCAGGUAUGGAAGUGCCCCUAUUGGUGGAGGCAAUUACAGACCUUCAACGGCACGAGCUUCGCAACCUCCAGUAGGGUCGAUAUCAUUGGAGAACAAAUUCAAGCCUGCGCCGCUUCGAGCAAAAAUAAAGCCUGUUGAUCUGAUGGCAGGUGUUCCAUUCACCCUGGAUCUCUCUCAACCUCAGAAUCUUCUCUCAAGUUGCUUUCUAGGGCUGCCAGAUGCAGGUGCGAAUGUUGUGGAAGAUAGUAGGAGUCCCCACCAGGAGGAUGGAGAUGCUCCUGGUGGAGCGCUGAUUGCUGAAGUUGAUAGUGGCGCUGCAGCUUUUGCGACUGAACAACGAGCACCCCACCUCGACGAUUCUCUUACUGAGGUUGAAGUUCUGCGUUCUCCCGGUUGCUGGAAACCAGAUCCAGAGGUAGAAGCGGCAAAAAGUUCAUCGCAAAUUAUUUCCGAUAAAGGGGAACCGGAACCGAUGGAAUAUAACCUACUGGAUCAUAGGAUUAGUUUUGCGGAUGACGUAGUGGAAGAACGUGACAAGGUACAACAAGCAAGAGAGCCUCUGUCUGGAACCCCUGCGCCUGGGCUCGAAGGCAAUAUAAUCGCGUCUUCGUCAAGUUCGUCGUCGCGGGGAAGUAUAUACGCUUGCGGUGAGGAAGAUGAUCCUGCUGCAUGAGUUGCACCAGCUUCUGCUUCACGCAUCUAGAGGAAGCGAUUUCGAGUACGCACACUGGCAGCAUGACGCAUCGAGGCUAAGAGUUUUUGAGAAGCGCUAGACAUUCAACUUGAACAUCUUGUGAGCAAGACACAUCGCGGGAAUGUUUUGAUAGAUGUUAGUAUUUACCGAGUAUCGCGUCUUGUUCUUAUUUUUUUCGGCAGGAUUUUAAAUUUUUUGGGAAAAGUCAAGAAUUGUCAUUGUGUCUUCGCUUUUACGGAUCGAUAGCUUCAAGUUUUGGAUUAGGACAGGACGCAGAGGCAAUCAGACAGACACAAAUGUCGGAUAAUACUCACAAAUAGCGCAUGUGUCAUAUAACGAAAACGGGUUUUCUUGGAUGAAUGGACAAAGAAAUAUGGAGCGAAAUAGUUUAUGUAUUAUAUGUUUGCAAAUAAUAGCUUUGACUUUCUUCAUUGUACUGAAGCAUUUCGAAUUUGUAUUCGUUGCAAUUUCCCCAAAAAGAACUCAGGUGCCGUAGGUUUUGAAGUGUGAUCCGAUUGUGUGCGAGGCAACGUGGGG